GAGUGCCACGUGGUACUCUACAUGGCAAUCACCCAUCGCAUCUUGCAAUGCAAUCGCAACCUUCAACCUCAGCCCCCACUCUCUUCCUCAUUCCCAUGUUCAUGGCGCUUCUUCUCAUCACCACCACUACCUUCUUCUUCUACCCUUUCAAUUCCUCCUUCCUUUUUUCUCAAUCUCUCUCUUCAUCCUCUUCUCCUUUUCUUCCUUUCCACUCCUAAUCUCACGACAGGACCCUCUUCUGCAAUCUCAAAACAUCAAAAACAGCGAAAGAUAGUGGCUUUGAGAGAACCAUCAACUCUGUUCAAACCAAUCAAUUAUUUUCCAUUGGGUCGUUUUUACACUGAUAAAUUUUGAAUUUUGCCAUCUGGGCAUCGCGCUAUUAGCCGUGUCAGAUAUCGCUGAUGGUUCUCUCUGAAUUUGGAUCUGCACAAGUGGUGGCCUUGGGUUCUUUCUUUCGCUUCGAUUCUUUUGUUUCUGUUUCUGCAAUCGCCUCGUGGUUGUUCUCAGAAAUGUGAUUGGCCCUUUUGUUAUUUAUUUAUUAUUUAUUGAUUUAUUUAUUGUUCCUGAUCUUCAACGUAAUUUGAAAUCAUAGACUCACCUAUUGGGUGGGGGCCUACCCUGUUAGAGGUUGUGAAACUUUGGAGUUGUAAGAUGUGAUGAUGUGAGUGGUGCUCAUGUGUAAUAAAGGGUUUCAAUGCUUGAGCCAGUGUGAGAGUGUAAUUGAUUAUAGGCAAGGAUUCAUCAUGGAUAGUCCAAUUCGAUCGCCGGCCACCGGUUCGGGUUCCGGUUCCGGUGAAGAUAACCGGCGUGUUAAGUUCUUGUGCAGCUUUCUGGGGAGCAUAAUGCCUCGCCCCCAAGAUGGGAAGCUGCGUUAUGUAGGCGGCGAGACACGAAUUGUGAGUGUUCACAGGGAUAUUAGCUAUGAAGAGUUGAUGGGGAAGAUGAGAGAGCUGUAUGAUGGGGCUGCUGUGUUGAAGUACCAGCAGCCUGAUGAGGAUCUUGAUGCUCUAGUCUCUGUUGUCAAUGAUGAUGAUGUGGUUAACAUGAUGGAGGAGUAUGAUAAGUUGGGGUCAGGGGAUGGAUUCACUAGGCUCAGGAUUUUUCUGUUUUCGCAAUCUGAGCAGGAUGGUUCCUCGCAUUUCAUUGAUGGGGAUGAUUCUGAGAGGAGGUAUGUUGAUGCAUUGAAUAGUUUAAACGAUGGUUCUGACUUUAGGAGGUUGCAACAAGGGGAGUUUCCUAUGAUGAGUCCUGUUGAGGAUAUUCAUGUGGUUGCUGAUCAGUUCUAUAGUCCAAUCAGUGUGGAAAGUGGGAUUCAUAGUCAGAGAAGUGGGGACCUAUCUAUGUCGCCGUAUAAUAUGCAUCAUCUCACGGUCCAGCACCCGAAAUCUAUGGGCCAGAGGUAUAAUGAAAUGGAUGCUCCUUGGAAUCCUGCCUAUUACUCCCCUAGGCACCAUGGUCUCCAUGACUUUCCAUCCUCUCCUUCUGGUACAAGGUACCGAGUGCCAUUUCCCGAGUUACCAGAUAAGUGCAUUGAUAGAGUGUCGGAAGAGUAUGUGCGACAUCACGUAAAUCAUCAUCCUGUGUAUGACAAUCAACUGCAAUAUUCUGAAAAUGUUAUGUGGGUGCCGACUGGAGCAGCACAUGGCGAAAAGUCAGCUUUUCCAGGCAAUAUUCUUCAUAGUCCUCAUGUUGUUGAUGGGAACAGUAUAUGUGAGCAGUGUCGCAUGGGUUUUCAUAGAGGUCAACCACAUAUGGAGCAUUCUAAUAUAAGUAAUGGACUUCCACAAGCUGCUAAUCCAUGUGCAGAAUGCCCCCCACCAAAUAGGGAUACUUUCACAGUGAAUGCUGAUGCAAAGUUACAUCCGGCAAUCUAUCCCAAUGAACCUAAUAAUGAUCAUAGGUCUGUUUAUAAUGAUACUCAGAAUCACGAGAGAGGAUGGGGCUUGCAGCAUCCAACUGCUCGGGUUGAGGAAUCAAGAGUACAUGUCUCUGGAUCUGGAAGAAUGUGUGAUGUUCCUGUUGCAAAUUUCUCUCUUGGGCAUGGUAGUGUGACUGAUGGGUAUAACUUGUCUUCCAAUUAUGUUCACCAGCAGGCUGGACCUGAAUUGGGGCCCGAACUGUUCCCUGACCAAACCGUGACUUCUAUACCACCUAUCCAAAUUCCUCCACUGGAAGAGUCCAAUGUGCAGUAUGGAAAUUCACCUUCUCCUUAUGGAUUAGAUUGUAAUUACGCUGUGCCCCGUGGUCAUCCACCUGGUUUCUGGAGAAACACUCCAGUUCCUGUUCAUAUUGGACCAUCUUAUGAGGCUGCUACUUCACCUCAGCCGCUGAAUGGUAUGAUGAAUGUGGGAUUAAUCAGGGGAGAGGGCAGUACAGGAUUUUUCAUUGGACCAGAUAGUCAAAAUCAUUGGGUUGAUUCCUCACAGAAAUUAACAGGACAUGAUGGUACAGCCAUCCCAGAAUAUCCAUAUGCACAUGCUCUGAAUCCAGUGCCCCUUGGUCAAGAAAAUCAACACCCAGAUAUUGUAGAUACCAUUCAUCCCCCACAGGACAUGAAUGCUGGUACCUGCUUGGAACCCUUGCAGCUGCCAAAAUCAUCUUUUAAUAUGGUUCAAAAUCAACAGGUUUUAAGAGAUGAUACUCAUUUGACUGAAGCAAAGAGUUUUGAAUCUAAUAGUUUGCUUGGUGAAGGAAUAGUGAUAAAAAUUGAGGACAAUGUUGAAAACCCUGGCGCACAGACUAUAUCUUCUUCAGAGCAAAAUAAAAUUGCUGAGCAUGCAUGUGAAGCUGCUGCCUCUGUUGAGUCUAAUAAUUUAAAGUCAAAACCUGAAGCAGACUGCGUGCAUGUUGAGAAACUGGCUGAUAAGGACCCUUCUGUUCCAGAAGAUUCUAAACAUUUAGUUGAUCAAUUCAGCUUCUUGCCUGAGUUGAUUGCUUCUGUAAAAAAGGCUGCAUUAGAAGAUGCCGAGGAAUUGAAAGCUGCAGCUGAUGAGCCUGCCAAUUCUCAGAAUCACAAUUCAGAUACCAAAGAUGAAACAACAAAUGAAGUAGAACCAACGAAUGCUCAUGGUGAUUUAGAAUUGGACUCUGAAAAUGACCAUGUAGAUACUAAUAAAAUUGAGUCUACAAGGGCUGAGGAAGAAGCAUUUGCUAAUGGAUUGCAGACUAUUAACAAUGAUGAUUUGGAGGAGAUCCGUGAGCUUGGUUCUGGAACCUAUGGAGCUGUUUAUCAUGGGAAAUGGAAAGGUUCUGACGUUGCCAUUAAGAGAAUAAAAGCCAGUUGUUUUGCUGGAAGGCCAUCUGAAAGAGCAAGAUUGAUCACAGAUUUCUGGAAGGAGGCGUUGAUGUUGAGUUCAUUGCAUCAUCCAAAUGUUGUCUCCUUUUAUGGCAUUGUUCGUGAUGGCCCCGAUGGUUCUUUAGCAACAGUCACAGAGUUCAUGAUUAAUGGAUCUUUGAAACAGUUCUUGCAUAAGAAAGAUAGAACAAUAGAUCGUCGUAAGAGGCUCAUUAUAGCCAUGGAUGCUGCAUUUGGGAUGGAGUAUUUGCAUGGAAAAAACAUUGUUCAUUUUGAUUUGAAAUGUGAGAAUCUAUUGGUCAAUAUGAGAGAUCCUCAACGGCCUAUCUGCAAGAUUGGUGAUUUGGGUUUAUCAAAGGUUAAACAGCACACUCUAGUGUCUGGUGGAGUACGGGGGACUUUGCCAUGGAUGGCUCCUGAGCUACUUAGUGGGAAAAGCAAUAUGGUGUCAGAGAAGAUUGAUGUCUACUCAUUCGGUAUAGUCAUGUGGGAAUUACUCACAGGGAAUGAACCCUAUGCUGAUAUGCAUUGUGCUUCAAUAAUAGGAGGAAUUGUCAACAACUCUUUACGUCCUCAAAUUCCAACAUGGUGUGAUCCUGAGUGGAAAUCUCUAAUGGAAAGUUGUUGGGCUUCUGAUCCAGUAGAAAGGCCAUCAUUUUCAGAAAUUUCCAAGAAGCUGAGGAGUAUGGCUGCUUCAAUGAAUUUGAAAUAGUCAAUUGAUCUUGAAUAAGUUAAUUGACCUUCUCACGUUGUAUGUAGCCUAGAAUUGGUAAAAGGGAAAUAAGGUGAAGCAUGGUUCUUCCAGUUCAAGGCACCAACAAGCUUAGCUUUAAAAAGGGAAAAAAUAAUUUAAAGGAGUGUUCAAGCUUAUCCAAGCUUGUAUCGUAAUAUCAUGCCUUGGUUUAGUCUAAAAAUGUUUUUUGUAAUGUUGCCUUUAAUGGUAUUUUCCUUGGUGCAGUUACUUGCACUAUAGCAUGGAUUCUCUCCCAGAAGCAGCUUGGUGUUCUGAAGAAAGCUACAUAUAUCACUCUUUUUUGCAGUUUUACACGUGAUCAGGGUGAUGACAACUAUAGCUGUGGCUUUACCAUCACAAAUGAACCGUGCCUUCUGGAGAGAUGUGUACAUAAAAUCAACCAACGACAUGCCUCCUGUGCUUUCACAUGGGAAGGAUAAUGAUGAAUUGUGCUUCCCAUUUUGAUGGAACAAAUUCAAUUUAUCAUCGAUAUUUUGUUUGAAUUGCUUUAUCAUAUUGAUAUACCAUAUUCUUUUUUUUUUUUGAAAGGAGAUAGACCAUAUUCUAAAUGGCAUGAUGAAUGUGCAUACUUAAAGAUGUGUUUAAGCUCUCGAAGCUGUAUAAAUAAAGGUAAUUUUUCCAUACAACUUGAGGCGUAGGGGUUAGUUUAUUGUAUACGUUGGUCUCUCCUAUGAAAAUUAAUUGUGUACUGAUUUCUUGGAAGACAAUAUAUUGUUCUCUAAAAAGGGCUUCCUAUUUACA